UCAUUGCGAACUCAUGGACUCUUUCACCUGCCCACACUGGAUGUGUAUGUGCGUCCACCAAACCUGCAACCAAAGGACCAAGCGACAAAAUGACAUCCCAAUUGCACACCUCAAGGAGUUCUGCAGAUGAAGGAAAAGAUGCUGCACUCAAAAAGGAAAAACCCUACAAGAUCUUUUUCAAAGAUCUCUUCCUUUUUAAAGAAAAUGAAAUUGCUGCAAGGAAAAGGGAAAGAAUGAAGAACCACAGCAUGAAAAUCUACCAAAAGACUACGUUUUCCUCCCGAAUGAAGAGCCGCUCGCACCUUGGCCAGCUGGCUUUUUUUGCCGAGGCAGGUGGUGCUUCCUAUGAACGUCUGGGGCUAGAUCCUACUCUUAUUCUCAGACUGACAGAAGGUGCGGACAGAAAGAGGACGGUCCACGAGUUUAUUAAUGACCAAAGAGACAGAUUUCUACUUGAGUAUGCAGUGUUGACCAAGAAGAACACCAUCAAAAGGUUUGAAAGACUCAUAGCCACGAAAGAAAGUCAGCUCAGAAAAGCCGAGAAAAAGCUCCAAGAUGACGCAUUGUCCUUUGAAGAGUUCCUACGAGAAAAUGACCAGAGAUCUGUAGAUGCUCUCAAAAUGGCAGCACAAGAAACAAUAAACAAACUCCAAAUGACGUCAGAGCUCAAGAAAGCAAGCAUGGAAGUUCAAGCAAUAAAGAGUGAAAUAGCAAAAACAGAGUUCCUCCUCAAGGAGUACAUGAAAUAUGGAUUUUUCCUGCUGAAGUUGUCUCCGAAACAAUGGCAAAUACAGCAGUCGCAAAAAAGAGCCCAGUCAACCAAAAGUAACCACAUUCUUCCAAAAAUCUUGGAAAAAUUCUCGAUAAGUGCGGGUAAAAGAGAUAACAGCACCGACUCGGACAGGUUAUCGUUUUCAGAAGAGCGCAGCUCAAAGAGAGGAAGCCAAGGAGGAAGACAGAGGAAAUCUGUUUCGGGCCAAGACUCUAGGAAGUCAUCUGUUUUCGCUCGGCCUGAAAGCAUGGCGUCAGAGGACAGUUUGGAGUACUUCCUAGAGGACGAGAUCGUGGAGUUUGAUCUGAUGCCAGAGAUUUACUUCAAGGAGCCAGAGGAGUUACUGCAGGUCCUCACGGAGCUGGAAGAGCAAAAUCUCACCUUGGUCCAGUAUUCCCAGGAUGUGGACGAGAAUCUCGAAGAUGUCAACAAAAGAGAAAGAUUGAUACAGGAUAAGAUAAACAACAGCAUCUCGUUCCUGCUGGAGCACAAGCACAUGCUUAAGGUGAGCUGUGAACGAGAGGAGGAGAAGGCUGCCGAGCUGGAGCUGAGGUCCAGGCUCUUCAGCUUUGGAGAAUUCAAUUCCGAUGCUCAGAAGCGGCUAACCAUCAGGCAUGAACCUACAUGGAAAUCCAUUUACUUUGCUGAGAAGUUUAUUGAGUUCCUCUUGGCGAAUAUCAGACAGCCAGUGGCGAAAAAGGAUGACACCUUUCAUCUCCCGAAAUACAUUAUCUACCAGCUCAAGAGACUGCAAAAUCAAAUAAAACAUCGAAGUGUCGAGGAAAAGCUGAUUGACUCACUUAGUAGAAAAAUUAAUCAAGUAUACAGAGUCUGCAUCGGAGAUGCUGAGGUUGGCAGCUUGAAUGCAGUUCAAAAACUGGUCAAAGUAGAGUCUCGCCUGGUGGAGCUCAGCGACCUCAUUGAAACUAUUCCCAAAGAAAGUGUGGAAGCGAUUGAAAGGAUCAAGCAGAAGGAGCGACGGCAAAAGCUGCGUGAAGAGAAGAUGAAAGAAAAGCAGCGACACCAGGAGGAACGGCUCAAAGCUGCUCUGGAAAGAGCCGUGGCACAACCCAAGAAGAAGUUGGGAAGACGACUUAUCUACCGUUCGAAGCCUCAAUCUGCUAGCAAACACGACCUGCUUUUAGUCAGUGAUACAAGAUCUAAGUCACAGGAGGAAGAGUAUUUUUUUAGUUGAACAGGAUCAUGAAGAUACUUUAUUAGCAAAUGUUUUGUGUGGAUGGUGGCUUUCAGUGAUGCAUUACUGUCCUAACAGAUGCCAGGAUGCAGUAGACCUUUCUCGAGGCUUACAGGAGUAGGAAUGGCAACUGUUUUCUGCUGAAAGUCUUUACUACUCAUUAGUCCAUCCCAUGAGCUAGGCAACACUGUACUGUAGGUUGUCCCUGUCAGAGACAUAUAUCCAAAGUUAAUUUAUUGUUAUAACAUGAAGUAGGACUUAAAGUAGAAUGGCCUCCCUCAAAGCAUGAGAAUUUUAAUCAUAUUUUCUAAAGCAGUAAGGAAGUUCACAGCUUUGAAUAUACAUU